AUGCCUAGACCAUUUGAACCUGUGUUAACUGAAAGAGACCCUUUGAUGAUCCACCACCACCCUCAUUAUCCAGCUGCCAAUCUCAAACUAGAUGGUAAAAUAGACUUGUCAAAGCAGCCUUCAUUCCUACCUCGACCGGAGCUACAACAGAGAUCCCCCGUGCAACCACAGCAACAAGUCAGUUGGGAAAUUACGAUUGAAAAGUGUAUCAAGAGCAUUGUCUCUAUCAAAUCAUGCCGUACUCGAGGACUCGAUACAGAGCUACCGGGCUCAUUUACAGCAACUGGUUUUGUUGUGGACCCUGAACAAGGUAUCAUUCUCUCCAACCGACAUGUCGUCUCUGUAUCUCCUAUCAAAGCGUAUGCCGUGUUGUGCAACUAUGAAGAGAUUGAAUUGACACCCAUUUACCGAGAUCCUGAGCAUGAUUUUGGCUUCUUUCGCUAUGAUCCUUGCAAGGUCAGAUUCUUGGAUAUUCCCGGUAUUGACCUAUUUCCAAAAGGGGCCAAGGUAGGGCAAGAUAUCCGUGUUGUAGGAAACGAUGCUGGAGAGAAAUUAAGCAUUUUAUCGGGCACAUUGGCGAGAUUGGAUCGAGAUGCGCCUAGUUAUGGUCUAGGUGAAUACAAUGAUCUCAAUACAUUUUACUAUCAAGCUGCUUCUAGUACGAGUACAGGAUCAAGCGGGAGUCCUGUGCUGGACAUUCAAGGGAGAGCUAUUGCGCUGAACGCAGGCGGCGCAUCAACAUCAUCGUCCAGCUACUAUUUGCCACUCGACCGUGCUCAGCGCGCACUUUCUUUGAUUCAGGAUGGCAGCAAUACAAUACCACGUGGUACGAUCCAGACCACAUUCGAGUAUCAAUCAUACGACGCCCUACUACAACUAGGUCUCAGUCGUCAUUUAGAACAACGGCUAAGAUCACAAUCACAGCAACAACAAAAUAAGAAUACGGUCAAUGAGGGGCUAUUGGUGGUCAAGUCAGUGCUAUUGGAUGGCCCAGCGUAUGGUCAUUUGGAACCAGGUGACAUCUUGUUGACUUGCAAUGGAAAACUCCUGCCUCGACUCUUUGUUGAUCUAGAGGAACACUUGGACAACUGUAUAGAGAGCCAAUUAGACAUUCAUCUGGUCGUGAGUAGAGCAGGAGAGCUCAAAGAAAUCACUGUUGCGGUCCAGGAUUUGCACGCAAUUACACCAUGGCGAUUUUUGGAAUUUGGAGGUGGUGUGCUGAAUGAUGUAUCGUAUCAAAUGGCAAGAUCAUAUGGAAUAUCACUAAAGGAUCCCGGUGUUUAUGUCGGCACUGCAGGCUUCUUGCUGGGAAGUGCGCGUGCUUUAAGGGGUUCCAUCAUUGUGGGUAUCAACAAUCGACUAGUGACCUCAUUGGAUGAUUUUGUUGCAGUGGUAUCAGAGAUUGAGCAAGGAAAGCGAGUGCCCAUUCGAUUCUAUACGUUGGCAAGGCCGAUGAAGAUGAGGAUAAUGAUCGUUCAUAUGGAUUGGAGGUGGCAUAAAUUUCAAAUGGCCACACGAAAUGAUGCCACGGGUUACUGGGACUACAAGGUCUUGGAGACACCUCUACAUCGCUCCUCUGCAGCCAGUCUGAUGCGCAAUGAUCAGCUGUGCAAACAAGUAGACGAUAAACUAGAAGACCCUAUCGAGUCACUGAAAAAGAGCAUUGUGUCUGUAGAUUGUUACCCUCCAUUUGUUGUAGAUGGCUCCAAGAACCCUCAUUCUUACGGUGCGGGUGUAAUUGUGUCCCUGAACCCUCCGCUGAUUGUGUGUGAUCGCGAUACAGUACCUAUUAGCAUUAAUGUCAUUUCACUCACCUUUGACAAUUCGCUCACUAUCUCUGCAGACCUCGUAUUCCUACAUCCCUUUUACAACUUUGCUGUACUGAAAUUUGAUCCGACACCCGUUAUCGAAGCGGGUAUCAAGAUGAAGGCGGCGACUCUGAAUGACCAAGACUUUCAAGUAGGGGAUCAGGUUACGUAUGUAGGCUUGUCUGGCCGCAGUGAUAUUGAUAUCAAAAAGACCACCAUUUCAAGUCUAGGAGCCAUUCGAACCACUGAGACAUCUCCUCCACGCUGGAGAGCUAUCAACGUCGAGGCAUUCAAAGUGAGCGAUGGCACGCUAGCUAGUCAAGGUGGGCUUUUUGCAGAUCACACGGGUGGAGUGAGAGCGCUUUGGAUGAGCUUCUCCAUUGAAAACGCACAACGACAAUUGUCAAGCGUGCUAGGUGGAUUAUCCUCAAGACUGAUCAUGCCCGUCAUCCGCAAGCUGAAAUCUGGACAGGCGCCUAUCGUGAGAGGACUAGAUGUAGAGAUUGGUACACUGCAAAUAUCGCAUGCUCGACUUAUUGGCGUCUCUCAUGACUGGAUUACCAAGAUAAAAAGCAAGGCAACCGACAAGCAGCCUUCUGUUUUGUACGUUUUGGGCAUCACUGACAUUUCCAGUCUCUCUGGUCAACAGCUAAAGCCUGGCGAUAUACUAUUGACAAUCAACGACACAAUCGUGACCAAUAUCUCGGACAUUGGCUACUUUCAUGAUCAAGAAGCAUUGAGAUUGACUAUUCUUCGAGAUGGACAAGAGCUGAAUCUCGUGGUGCCUACUACAAGCUUUGAUGGCAAGGAAACUACUGAGGUUAUUGGCUGGCAGGGCAUGGUCAUCCAAGAUACGUAUGCAUCAGCCAAGGAACAAAUUCAGAAACAAGUGCCAGAGGGGGUAUACCUGUCCUGCUGUCUGUAUGGCUCACCUGCUCAAGCUAGCUUAAUGCCGGGCAUCUGGAUCACAGAGGUUGGCCAAACACCAGUAAAGACACUGCAAGAAUUCCUGCAAAUAGUAGAUCCAUCCAGCAUUGCGAUCCGUCAAAGCAAGAAACUACAGAAGGAUCAAGUCAAGCAAGGUGUAUUUGAAAAGCAGCAAGAUGGCCAUGCUGCAUCACUGCUUGCACUCCCCACUCAAGACGAAAUAGAAGACGAUAAGCUGAGCCAUGAUGACAACCACAUACAGAUCAAGUUUGUGAGAGCAAACAACAUGGUGCAAGUGAAAGCCAUCAAACUAGACAGACAUUACUGGCCAACGUGGCAUAUCAAAAAGAAUGAAUCGUCUGCUCUCGGCUGGGAUAUGACAUUUUUGUAA